CAUGUUUCCCCACCGCAUGUACUUUAAAUAUCUUCCAUGCAAUUCACAGGGUAUAAUUUUAGACAGGGGACGGGGGCUCGAGCAGGAGUGGAAAGCCGACCCCUUCACUACUGCCACAUCUCUUGGACGGACUGGACCUCUCCUCGUUCCAGAUACUGGAAUCACAAAGAGCCAAAAUGUCAACCGAAAGAGAGGCCGAAGAUAUCAAUGAGGAAGACAUCGACGAGGAUGAGCUUCUCGCCAUGCUGUCACCUGAAGAGCUGAAGGAGCUGCAGAGUGAAAUGGACAUAAUGAUCGCGCCUGAUGAGAGCGUUCCAGUUGGUCAGAGACAAAAAGACCAGACAGAGAAGCCUCCAACUGGCUCCUUUGAUCACAGAUCCCUUGUGGAUUACCUCUACUGGGAAAAGGAGUCCAAGCGAAUGCUGGAGGAGGAGCGAGUACCUGCUACUCUGCUGCCAAGCCAGAAAACACUGGGGGCUGAAGCUGACAGGAAAGAAGAAGAAGAAGAAAAAGAAACUGAAUACGAAGUGGUUGAAGUUAUAGAGGAGGUGAUAGAAGAAGAAGCGGCAGAUGGAACUGAAGGCGGCGAGAUUAUAGAGGAGAUUAUUGAGGAAAUCAUUGAAGAAGUGGAGGAAAUUGAUGAAGAAGAGGCUGGGACACAGGUGACCAAUGACACACUGGAAGAACGUGUGGAAGCAGGCUCUUCCAAUGAAGUAGAACAUGAUCUGCCUCCAUCAGAGACAAAAGAGAAAGAAAAUCCAACAGGCAACAACACACAAAAUGAGCAAACAACAGCAACAGAACCCGUGACGCCUAAAGAGGCUCCGGACGAGUCAAAGUCUGAUGAUGCGGACAAGCUCCCGCAGAAGGAAGAGAGGAAGAUAAACAAGCUUAAAAUUCCAAAGCUAGCACUCAACAACAUCAAAAUGACUUCACGGCCGUCUGGCAAUGAGACCAAUUUGGAGUCGACGCUUGACAAAAUUCGCAACAACAACCCCUCCAUCACGGAGGUGAACCUCAACAACAUCGAGAACAUUCCGAAAGAGAUGCUCCUGGACUACGUCAACGCCCUGAAGAAGAACAAGCACGUGAAAACCUUCAGCAUCGCCAACACCGGCGUCGACGAGAACAUCGCCUUCAGUCUCGCCAACAUGCUGAGGGAAAACCGCAGCAUCACCACGUUGAAUAUCGAGUCCAACUUUGUCACAGGGAAGGGGAUCGUGGCAAUCAUCCGCUGCCUUCAGUUCAAUGAGACCCUCACCGAGCUGCGUUUUCACAAUCAGAGACACAUGCUGGGCCACCACGCGGAGAUGGAGAUAUCACGCCUGAUCAAGGCCAACAACACCCUGCUGAAAAUGGGCUACCACUUUGAGCAAGCUGGUCCCAGGAUGGUGGUGACCAACAUCCUCACCAGGAAUCUCGACCGCCAGAGGCAGCUGAGGAAGGAGGAGCAGAAGCAGCAGCAGCUGAAGGAGCAGAGGGAGAUGAUGCGGAUGUACGAGAGCAGCUUAAAUCUCCCUCCUGGUCUGCUGGAGAUGCUGGGGUACAUACCUCCUCUGGAGCUCCUACAAGAACAUGGUCUAGUCCCACCAUCUUUAGGGACUGACAUGAGAACGCAGAAAGACAUCAAACAAUGCGAGUCGCAGACACAGCUCAACACCAUUCCCAAGCCACGCCAUCCAGAACCAAGCAACUCAAUAAAGGACGUCCAGCUCAAGAGGACGCCGAAGAAGCGAGACCCUUUCCUGGACAUCGACCCCCGAGAUAACAGGAGACAGAAGGUCAGUUUCGGGCCCAGGAAGACCAUCAGAGUGCAGGAGUCAGUCAGUGAAAAGACUCCAGAUGAAAAAGCCAACCUGAGUGAGGUGAUUAAGACUUUGAAGCCUGUUCCUCGGAGGCGAUUGCCUCCAAAGGUUGAGGUCACGCCCCGCGAUGAGCUUCUCAAUGAAAUCAAGAAGAGCAACGUCGCGUACCUUAAAUCAGUGCCGCUCCCAAAGGCGCUGGAAUCAAGCGAAACAAGUCUCAUCUGAGCGCUCCAAUAGAACUUUACUACGUGUCACUUUUUAUUACGACCAUCACAGGAUACUAAGGUUUGUGUUUCACCCAAAUGAUUGAUGCUUUGAAAUAAAAGGCAUGU